CAGAGCAAACAAUUUGCUGAGUGGCUGCGCAAAUAGACUUCGCUCUACAAGAGGCAACAGACAAUCAUCCAAGGCCUCUCUGGCCCGCACUCAAGACAAGCGCUCAUUGAAGAAUCCAAAAUAUAAAUAAUAAUAACUCAGACGCUGUCGUGGUCGCGGUCGCACUUGGCGGCUGAUAAGAACGCAAUAAACUUUUGCAAAAUGGCGUGCAACUGCAGUGCAAGAACCGUUAUAGUGGCCGCCAUUGUUUAUUUACUGUUAAAGCUGCAGCUCUGUUUGGCGCUUGAUGUUUAUUUUCCCACCACGUCUGUGAAAUUCAAGCUGCCCAUCAAUGAGGAGUCGGAGAGUAUUUUCUCCAAAAUGCCGCUGGCACAAUUUCAAGUACUGCGCCUGGAUAACAAUCAGCCGGCCAGCAACUACAUCUACAGUCUGGAGCAGAAUCCCUUGCUGCGCAUCAAUGCAACAUCCGGGGAGGUUUUCAUGCGCACGGACUAUCAGCCAGUGAAUGGCAGCGUUAAAUAUGUCCUCACCGCCAUACCACGCCAACAGGCUAGCGAUAGUGAUGAGGAGAGCGAGGAGGAGCAGCAGCUGCUCCAAGAAGUGGCACAUCUGACGCUGGAGCUAACGCCACAAGCCCUGGAUGCCUAUUGCGCCGAGCUGGAGCAUAUCUGCUUCUGGAGCAGCGCACACUACACCAUAGCGGAGCACACCAAGCCCAGCAAGGCGAGCUUUGAGCCUGUUCUGCUUGGCUCGCUCAAUUCACGUGCUGCGCGCUAUCUCUGUCCGCUCAAGACUGUGGACUAUUCGUUGAAAGCUGGCAGCGCCUUCUUUAUACUUAAGCAGAACCGCUUAUUUAGCAAAACGCCUCUGGAUCAUGACGAGCUGAAUGGCCUGCAGGCGCGUGCCGGCGUGCUGGAGACCACCAUUAGCUGCACCGUGAGCUUGCAUGGCGAGCAGCGUCAGUUUGUGCGCAGCUACAAUGUAACGUUACUGGAUCGCAAUGACAAUGGGCCACAGCUGCAGGAACGGCAGCCGCACUUUGACUUCUACCUGGAUCAGCCCUAUUUCAAGGCGCAAGAGGCGGUGGGUGAGAAAAUAAUUUAUCUGGAUAAGGACACGCUGGCGGCCAAUGCGCAGCUUAAUUAUGGCAUACUUAACGAUGGACUUUCACUACUACAGCCCGAUUGUCAUGCCUACGAAGCGGAUCAUACAGGCAGACCACACACCAUUGUUAGCUGCCAGCUGCGCUUCUCUCGGAGCGGCAUGCUGCGCCAGACGCCUUACUGCGUGCAGCUCCAAGCCAGAGAUUUGACCAUACAACUGAAGCAUGUGAAUACAACGGCCACGGCAGAGGUUUGUCUGCAUGUGGACACCAGCCGAUUGCAUGCCAGCGAUCAGGAGCAUCCACAGGCGUUGCCACUGCGCGGGCGUCAGCACCGCAUCUUCGACAGCACCGGCGAGUUGCUGCACGGCGACCUGGCCGGACCGCCGCAUAGCAGUGACUAUGAGAAGGAUGUAUUUGUGCAUCGAGCGGCAGCGGCCUACUAUCGCGUAGCCCAGCCAGAUCGUUUCAUGGAUCUGCUGCGCCUGCGCAGCUGGCGAUUUGCGCUGGCAGAGGAUCGCAGCGGCGCCUUUGGAUUGACGGAGACGGCGGGCAUACUGUAUGUGCGGGAUGCUUUGGCGCUGGAGCACGCCUCGGAGACGGUUUACUUUCUGAACAUUACUUGGCAGGAUGGCGACGAGCACAGUCAUGCCUUUGUGCUCAAUGUGCACUUGGAAGAGGGUCGUCCGGCCAAUGCGAGCUGCGAGGUGCGUUUGAAGUCACGCUCGCAGACCUGUGCGCAGGUUAAGUAUCGACAACAGUGUGGCAAGUUUUGUGGUCUGGCCACUAAUGGGGGCGCCUGCAUGUGGCGCGGCUCCAGCACCGCCAUGUUCUCCAAAAAUUAUGGCAGCUGUGUGCCCGAUGCGCGGUACUGUCCAGAUCGUGUGUGCGAUGCUCUGGAGGAACUGAAUCCAUUGGCUUGUCCCCAGGACUGCACGCCAGCGUCGCGCAUUGUGGGUCCGCACACCAGCAACGAUAACAAGCACGGCAUACAAAGUGGCUCCGGCACCUGCAUCUGCGAGGAUAACGGGAGAUGUUCCUGCGCACCCUUGCAGGAGGAAGAUGAAGUCAACAAGUCGCGACGCGCACGCAAGCGUAAGAACGAAACGGAGCUGGAUGCGCUCAGCGCGACGUCGCUGCCCGUGGAGCAGCAUGCGGAUGCCUUGGACCUGGGUGUGCUGCACUUGGCUGGCAUGGAGUGCAAUCGCUACUGCAUUCUGCUCGUAGUCAGCUGUCCGCUGCUUGUUGUGCUGCUGCUGCUCUGCUUGCUGCUGACGCAACGCAAGCUGCUGCAUCAGCGCUUGGGAAAACAGUCUGCCACGCCCACUGGCAAGCAGGCACUGCCGCCCAGCUUGGAGCAUGGCGAUCUACCGCUAAUGCCGCUGCAGAGCGAUUUUAAGUUCGAGAGUGCCGACGCCAAGUGGGAGUUUCCACGUGAGCAACUGCAGCUGGAUACGGUGUUGGGCGAGGGCGAGUUUGGUCAGGUGCUCAAGGGCUAUGCCACCGAGAUAGCCGGGCUUCCUGGAGUCACCACUGUGGCGGUCAAGAUGCUUAAGAAAGGCGCCAAUUCGGUGGAGUAUAUGGCGCUGCUCUCAGAGUUUCAGCUGCUGCAGGAGGUUUCUCAUCCCAAUGUCAUCAAGCUGCUGGGCGCCUGCACACAAAGCUCAGAGGCACCUCUGCUUAUCAUCGAGUACGCCAAAUACGGUUCCUUGCGCAGUUAUUUGCGUCUCAGCCGGAAGAUCGAGUGCGCCGGCGUCGACUUUAGCGAUGGUGUGGAGCCCGUCAAUGUCAAGAUGAUGCUGACUUUCGCCUGGCAAAUAUGCAAGGGCAUGAACUAUUUAACGGAACUUAAGCUGGUACAUCGAGAUCUUGCAGCGAGAAAUGUUUUGUUGGCUGAUGGCAAAAUAUGCAAGAUUUCUGAUUUUGGUUUGACGCGCGACGUUUAUGAGGAUGAUGCGUACUUGAAGCGAUCGAGGGAUCGCGUGCCAGUUAAGUGGAUGGCGCCGGAAUCGCUGGCGGAUCAUGUAUACACGAGCAAGUCGGAUGUGUGGGCCUUUGGUGUGCUCUGCUGGGAGCUGAUAACCUUGGGUGCCUCGCCAUAUCCAGGCAUACCACCGCAGAAUCUCUGGUCUCUUCUGAAGACAGGUUAUCGCAUGGAGCGUCCGGAGAACUGUUCCGAGGCCGUCUACUCUGUGGUGCGCAACUGCUGGGCAGACGAACCAAAUGCACGUCCCUCUUUCAAAUUUUUGGGUGCUGAGUUUGAAAAAUUGCUGGGCAACAAUGCGAAGUAUAUAGAGAUGGAAACACACGCUAUUUCCAAUCCGCUUUAUUGCAGCGAUGAGGCACAAUUAAUGUCAACGAACUUAGAGCUUGGCGAACCUGAUUCACUGCAGCACUUGUGGGCACCACCCAAGAUCAACAGCUAUGAUUUGCAGGAGACCAGUCGCGAUGAUAGCACCUCAGACUCACAGCCGGCUACUGUAGCACCGCCUGGUUAUGAUUUACCACGUCCACUUAUCGAAGCACGCACCACGGAGCAAGUGCUGCGCUACGAGAACGAUCUGCGCUUUCCACUCAACAUACGCAAGUCCAGCUGUGCUCCAAGUUACAGCAACAUGACCAAUGGCUGUCCGGCCACCGCUUUGCCCCACUAUGCAGUGCCUGUGAAGCGUGGACGCUCUUAUCUGGACAUGACCAAUAAUACACUGAUUCCCGACAAUCUAGACACGCGCGAUUUUGAGAAACAUCUCUCCAAGACAAUAUCAUUUCGAUUCUCUAGCUUGCUUAAUCUCAAAGAAACCGAAACAGCGCCGGCUGCGGCCGAAGACGCUGUUUAAAGUCGAAUUUCAUUUCAUUGUAAACUGUGCCUGCUUUUUAGUUCAAAUUCUUUGUUAAUUAGUUUGUAACCUUUAAUUAUUUAUUAUACGAUGCCAAAAAAAUAGCCUUAAAACUUAAUCGAAUACUCUAUUGCAUUUAUAAUAGAGCGCGUGUGUCUAAAAAAUGUCCAAAGGCAGCUUUAGUGUUAAUUAUCAUUUGG